UCAUGUAGCCUACUCAUAAAGCCACUGCUCUUCUGUUAUUCCUGAAAAUGGAGAAUGUGGAUCGAAUUUUGUCCGAAAGACCCUCUAUUGAAGAGCUGGAGGAUAUGUUACAUGGGGGUCAGCUAUCCUGUAACCAUGUCGAUGAAGUGUGGCCUAAUUUGUUUCUAGGGGACAUGUACAUGUCUCACGACAGAUAUGCCCUAUGGAGACUGGGUAUAACUCAUGUUUUGAAUGCUGCACAUGGUAAAAUGUGUUGCAAAGGAAGUGAUGAUUUUUAUGGGACAACCGUAAAGUACUAUGGUGUGCCAGCAAAUGACCUGCCUACAUUUGAUAUUUCACCAUUUUUCUACCCUUCAGCACACUACAUUCAUGAUGCUCUCAGCACAACAGGUGCUAAAGUGUUUGUGCAUUGUGCUGUGGGAGUGAGCCGUUCAGCUGCUCUGGUCUUAGCUUACCUAAUGAUAUAUUGCAAUUACUCUCUGGUGGAUGCCAUCUUGAAAGUGAAAGAAAGAAGAUGGAUCUUUCCAAACCGAGGAUUUCUGAAGCAGUUGAUAAUUCUCAACAAUGAAUUAAACUACAAGGCGCAGUCAAAGUAAUUUUUUUAAACAAGUAUGCCGAAAUCUGUCAAUUAAAAAUAGCAUCUAAUAACAUUUGAACAGUAGGCCUACUGCUGAUCAACAACUAUGAUUAACAUGAUUAUAAACAUUUCCUCUUAUUCAUAAUAACAGCUUUGUGUCAUACUUCUGUUAAAUAUAAUUCAAUAUGUAAGAAUUCCAAAGCAAUACUUGUACUAUAUAUGGUCAAUAAAGGGGUCAUUUUUGGGCUCUGUAAA